CCCGUACACCCCACCUACAACCCAAAUCCCAACUCACAAUCAUCAACCAUGACUGCCUUCAUUGUAUCUCUAUGGGACUCAAUCUUCACACCUGGACCAACCCCAACCCUGGUCAUAGCCACAAAUGCAUCCUUCAUCGCAUUGAUCAGCCUUCUCACCGUUCUGGCAUUCAUGACGCGGAAUAUCCACGUCUUUGCGCUCCUAGCGGUCGCAAUUGGGCUGUGUGUCAGUGUGCAAUGGUUCUUGAAGGAGCUUGCUGCGGUCAAGGAGGAGGAGGAGAAGAAGAGUAAGGAGGGAGGUGCGACGGAACCGGCUGCAAUAGUGGCAGAGGAGAAGAAGGAGCGGUAGACUAGAUGGAAAAGGAGUUCUCUAUUAUCAAGAAUAUACCCAGC